CACACACAAACACACACACACACACACACACACACACAUACACACAGACACAUACACGCGCACACAUGCAGACACGAUCAGUGAGACCAUAAGCACGCACUUACGUACGCUUACAAACACACAGACACAGCAAACAUCCUGGCUAAGCACAGAAUACAGUGUACGCGAAUACAUAUGUUUAUAUAUAUGUAUAUGGAUAUAUUUAUGUAUUACACUACAUUACGCUACAUUUAAACUACACAGCACCAGAGCACAGACACAGUACAGCACACCAUACAAAACCACAUAGCACCUCACAACACAUUUACUAAAGCUCAUCGCCCGAACUCGCUCCACCACGCAAAGCACCAAAAAAGAAAAAAAAAGAAAAAAAAACAAACCUGAACCACACGCGACCGCACAUAUACGUUGCAUUAAAAAAAUCACCACGCACACAAACACACAUGUACACAUAUAUACAUAUAUGUAUGUAUGUACAUGUAUGAACAAAAAAAAACUAUGCCUACUUGUAAAUGAAAAUACGCUUCAAAACGCGUGCGUGCGUGGAUAUGUGCGUGAGGAUAUACAUUUGUAUGCAUGUGUAAUAUAGGAUUAUAUGCUGUUAGUACUCAGAACCGACCAGCUGCAGUGAGUGCAAUUCUACUGUAGGAUAUUAUAUACAUACAUACACACACAUAUAUAUACACAUACACACACACGUUCCGUCUGAAGCGACAAUCCAGUACAGGAUUUACUUAACUUCACAAAAGAUCUCAUGUCGUCCCAGCAACAGACAGCUUCACAUUGAUUCUUUUGGAUCUCUACUUACCAAAUGGAAAACAUGUGGAUACAUCUGUGUUUUUUGUUUUCAUUAUUGGAAACUGUAUUUUCUGUAGAUUUAACCUAUCGAAUAGAGGAAGGUCAUAGUUUAGGUACCUACGUAGGUGAUAUUUCUGCUGAUAUUCAGCUAUUAGAGAGUGCUCCCGCACGAGACCGCACUCUUAUAUGGUUUAGCCAAUUGCAAAAGGACGCAACCAGAAACUCUCAUUUGUUUAACGUGUCUCGUGCGGGGAAACUGUACACGGCUCAAACACUGGAUGCCGAAUCGUUGUGUACGUAUAAUACUGAAUGCUACGAAACUGUGGACAUUGCCGUACAAAAGAAAGAAUCUUUCAUUAAAAUUUUAGAAAUAAAAGUGAUUAUUUUAGACAUCAACGACAACCACCCUGAAUUUCCUUUUAAACAAAUUAAUCACCAGUUUUCAGAGACUGACGGUAAAGGAACCACAAAAUCUAUACCAAACGCCAUUGACAAUGAUGUUGGCAUUAGAAAUUCGCAAAUAACUUAUCAACUCAGGAAAAACAGAGACGAACCAUUUAGAUUGUCGGUUUCCAAAAAAGUAGACGGUACAUCGAAACUUGGAAUUGUUCUUGAAAAACCUUUAGACAGGGAAGUGAAAGAUACUUACAACCUUCAGGUAAUAGCGAAAGACGGAGGAUAUUCACAAAAACAAGGUAUUUUAGAUGUCAAGAUUUCGGUGACUGAUGUCAAUGACAAUUCUCCUGUAUUUAGCAAGGACCUUUAUAAUGUAUCAAUCAGAAAUUCCCACAAAAGAGAUAUACCCGUUGUCGUUUUAUCUGCCAGUGAUUCUGAUAACGGUAAAAAUGGUAAAGUAUCAUACCAAUACAGUUCUAAGACGUCAGAAUUAUCCAAAUCUUAUUUCUUGUUAAAUAAAAACACCGGAGAAAUAUUUUUACAGCGAAAAUUUUCUUCACAGCAAAAACAUAUGUACAAGUUAUUGGUGGAGGCCACGGACGGAGGCAUCCCUCCUCUUAGUUCUGCUGCCAUUGUUCUUGUGAAUGUCAUAAAUCAAGAAAAUAACCCUCCGAUGAUUGAUGUCAACUUUAUCUCUCAGUCCAAAGGAAUUUCCGAAGGGAUCGAUGUUGGCAGCUUUAUAGCUUUCGUGAAAGUCACAGACGAAGACGCUGCCAGAAACGGUGAAGUAAAUUGUGAUCUUGAACACGAUAUUUUACAACUGCAGACUUUAGGAAGGAAAAAAUAUAAAGUGGUUGUUAAAAACCGCAUUAACAGAGAGACACAAAGCAACAUGCAGUUCACCAUUGUUUGUCGAGACAACGGUAUUCCCCCACUGGAGACAAGCAGUGAUUUUUCUCUGCAAGUAAUAGACAUUAACGAUGUGCAACCUCAGUUCACUAAAUCUGUGUUCAGGUUUUUAACGUACGAAAACGAAGAGGCGAAUUUCCCUGUCGGGUUCAUCAAUGCCACUGAUCCAGAUUUAGGGCCUGGGGGUCAACUAUCGUAUUCUUUAUCGACCGACAAUAACAUUCUGCUCCCGUUUGAGAUUUCAGAUUUCGGAUUCAUUUCGACACGUGACUCGUUAGACAGAGAGCAACAGGAUAUUUAUGAAUUCCAAGUUUUAGUCAAAGACAAUGGGAGUCCGUCACUAAGUAACACAGCUAAAGUAGUUGUGGAAGUAAUGGAUGAGAACGACAACGCCCCAUAUUUCACCUUCCCCAGUGUAAAAUCCUUCAGUUUGGAUGUUUAUUACAAUCCACAGAGUGAAAACGAUAUCACCACAUUAAGAGCCUCAGAUAGAGAUAGUCAUGUAAAUGCUUUCCUUCGCUACGAAAUACUCGGAGGAAACGACAGACAACUAUUUUCUGUUAGUCCUUAUACCGGAGUAGUGUCCUUCUCUCGAACUGUUUACCAAAACGAUGCCGGUCUAUACGAGCUUCAAUUCAUUGUCAAAGACAGUGGUAGUCCGAUGAUGUCCGCGACUACAACUUUGUCCUUGUCCCUGACCGUCAGCAACAAGACAUCGAAAAUGUACACGGCCCUCGAUGUCCAGUCGGAGGACAAAAUACAUAUAAAUUUCGUGAUAAUUACCAUAGUGGCAGCUGUCAUCGUAUCAGUGGCCAUCGUGGUUUCCAUAACCAUAUGUAUUAUCCAAAGAAACAACCAAAGAGACAUUCAAUACUAUGACGCCCCAGAAGCUUCUAACAAAUUCCUUUCGGAAAGCAAACAGUCAGAAUACAUGUCCGACCAUCUUUCCACAAACUAUAACAUCCCCGUUACUAUGGUGAUUGACCAAAACACCAACAGAAAUUCACCAGCAACGUUACCAAAACGAAAAUCACCCUCGGAUUAUAAAGCUCAAAGUUGGAAAGGGUCAUCUCUUGGAGUACAAUUACAUUCAAAUAUCCAGGGCUCUAAUCAGAUGUGUCUCCCAGAGACUGCUUGUGUUGUGAAAGAAGAAAAACUAGCAAUAAUGUCUCCAGAAAACUUCAGUGAUCUUUCAACCCUGUCUUCUUGUGGUGACAGUGGACGCGGCUGGAAUAUGGGAACAAGCACUCAUUAUGAGGAACUAGCAGAUCCUUACUCACUACAACCAAAGCACUCUAAGAUCGCCGGCAGAAAACCGAUGCCACCGAUGCUAAGCCGACCAAAGAACGCUAAAAGUUCGAGCAGCGACAGCGUCCAUGGAAACAACAGUCCGAUUUCUUCCAACAGCAAUGACGUCAUCGAUCUUAAGUCAAUUAGAGGAGGCAGCAUCAGCAAAUUGCAACCGUGGAAUUUACCGUUACGAAAUAGCUUCACGUCUUACAGUAAACCUUUACCGGCAUUACCCAAAAUACCAUAUUCGUAAUGAACGACUGAACAAAAAUAUGAAUAAAGCGAAACAUUCACAGCCAAUUAAGUAAAAAAGCAGAUCCUACACACGCAUGCGCAUUCACAAUCACGUAGUCACCAUGCGCACACAUAAAAAAACAGCUACAAAUCAACACACUGUCACAUACACCCACAUAUAGACAUAAAUUUACUUCACACUACGCCUUCCAUUUUUAACCAGUUCUCCGCGUUCUGAGUUCAAAUCCCGCUGAGGUCAAAUUUGCCUUUCAUCCUUCCAGGAUCGA